AUGACAAUUAAUAAAUUCGAUUAUUUAUACAGAAAAUUGUUGCUUACUAAAUACUUUGUGAACGGUUGGGGUGAUCCUGAAAAACUUAAAAGCUUAUUUCAGUUUAGAAGUCAUAUUAUAGACCGAGACUCCUGUUUUAAACUUGUAUCAGCUGAUUAUCCUGUACAAAUUGUUAAAAAAAAGGAAGAUUCCGAUUCAAUAACAUUAGAAGGAGUAUUUCAAUCACCUUUUUCUUAUUAUCUUCCAGAUAUAGUGCCAAAAGAGAGUCACCUUGCACAUUUCCAAGUUUUAUUACCAAAAAAAUGGCCUUCCAAAAAUGUAAAACCUAUGUGUGUACACAUGGCUGGCACAGGAGAUCAAUAUUAUUGGAGAAGACGAGCUAUGUUAGCAAAACCACUUUUAAAAGAAGCAGCUAUUGGAUCAAUCAUAUUAGAAAAUCCAUUCUAUGGAAAAAGAAAACCAAAUAACCAAGUUAGGUCUAUUUUAUGCAAUGUUUCCGAUAUUUUUGUAAUGGGAGGUUGCUUAAUAUUGGAAUCCCUUGUAUUAUUUCAUUGGUGUGAACGUGAGGGAUUUGGACCUAUCGGUGUCACUGGUUUAUCUAUGGGCGGACAUAUGGCUUCACUAGCUGCUGCAAGUUGGCCAAAGCCAAUUGUUCUUGUUCCUUGUUUAUCCGGUACAACGGCUUCUGGAGUAUUUACAGAGGGUGCUAUAAGCUGUGCUAUUGAUUGGAAUUUACUUGAACAACAAUAUAAAUCAAAUUCUGUAUAUAAAAAUGAAGUUGUGAACAUUGAUAAUGAAGUCAACAAGUUGAAUGUAAAAUUUAAUGCCGGUAAACAAUUUAUAAAAAAUAUGAAUAUUGAUUCACAUUUUAACAUCCAGUCAAAUUUUAUGUUUGAUGAUUCAAAAAAUGAUAAGAGUUCAUUAAACAUAUAUCAACCUCAACAGUCAAAUAAAUUAAAAUUAACCAAUGUAUUUGAUAAUUUGGAUGAUCCGUCAAUUGAAGAAGACAAUGAACUACAAAUUAAAAAAAACUUAAAACAAACAAGACACAUGAUGAGAUUUUUCAAUAAACAAUCAAAAAGUGAAGAUUUAAAUUUAGAAGCAUUAAGCUUUAUGAAAGGUAUUAUGGAUGAAUGUACUCAUUUAAAGAAUUUCAAAUCUCCUGUUGAUCUGGAUUUAGUAAUAGCAGUUUGUGCGAAACGUGAUGGUUAUGUACCUCAACAUACCAUGGAUAAAUUAGAAGAUAUUUGGCCUGGUUCAGAGGUCAGAUAUGUCAACACAGGGCAUGUAGCGGCUUUUAUACUUCACCGAAAUACAUUCAAAACUGCAAUAAUUGAAGCAUUUCAACGAGCUCAAAAAAAAUAUUAUGAUAAAUCUUUAUAA